AUGAAGGCUAAACUCGAUGCUUCCAGCCAUAUGUCCUCUUUUGAAGAAGAAAAGAAGUCAGUAAUCAGAAGAGAAGCUCCAAGAAACCCUAUCAAGAAAAAAGCCCCUGUUAUUGAUGCCCGCUUGACUAGUCGAGUGUCAAUUGAUGCUCCAAAUGCAUUAGUGGUUGAUAAGCCAAAAUCUGGUAGGGACUUAGAAGUGAUUACAAACGCUUUGAACAGAAAUUUCAUUUUCACCAGCCUCACUGAUGAAAACCGAGCUGUGCUUAUUGACCACAUGAAGCAUUUUACACUAGGACCAAAUGAAAUUGUGUUUGAACAAGAUCAGCCUGGGAUUAAUUUCUUCAUUGUGGCAUCAGGAAAACUUGAUGUGUAUGUUAACGGUAAAAAAGUAUGCUUUUAACUAAAAAAUUUGACAAUUUAUAAUUAUUUAUACAUUUUUAUGCCAAAUUUAAGCAAAUAGAGAUAAAUACUUUGAGCGCAAAUGAUAGCUUUGGAGAGCUCGCUUUACUUCACGAUUCACCAAGAUCUGCAACAAUAAAAACAGCAGAAAGGGUCACAAUGUGGGGACUUGACAGAAGGACGUUCAGAAAUGCAGUAGAAAGUCUCAACGCUCAAAAUUACCAAGAAAAUAAACAAUUUAUUGAAAGUGUGCCUUUAUUCCAUAUAUUAACGACCGCACAAAAAGACUCUUUAGUAAGUUCUUUAUCUACACUAAAAUUCCGCCCAAGUGAAAGAAUAGUAAACGAAGGUGACCCAGGCGAUUUAUUCUUUUUAAUAAAAGAAGGCUUAGUUUCUUGUCUACAAGAAGGCAGAGAAAUCAGACAAAUGGCAAGAGGAGAUUAUUUCGGUGAACAAGCCCUUCUUUAUAACUGUGUAAGAACAGCCAGCAUAGUUGCAGUAACUGACGUAAAAUGUGUAGCUAUAGGACGAGAAAAACUGACUAAAGCCUUAGGAAACCACCUACAGCAGGUUAUUUAUCAAAAUACCAAAAGAAUUGCUAUGGACGGAAGCCAAAUUUUAAGCCGAUUAACCCAUGAGCAGAAAGCAAAACUUCUCAAUUCUCUCAGAGUCAGGUCCUUAAGGAAAAAUGAAGUCGCCAUUCCAAGAAACACAAAUAAAGGAGCUGUGCUAUUAAUUGUCCUCAGAGGACAGCUGAAAUAUAGAAGUGAGAGACCUGCCGCUGAAGUUUUCCAAUGUUUAGGAGAUGUCGAAAUAACGCAGUUUGAAAAUGGGCUUUAUAUAGAAGAUAUUGUUUCUGAUGGAGACUCAGAUAUAGCUGAAAUUAAUAGAAGUGAGUUUGAAGAGUGUAUUGGUGGGCAUUAUGAGCAAAUCGCCACUGAUAACGAAGCUAUUACUGUACUCAGAAGGGUUCAGGUAUUAAGAGGCCUAUCUUCAGAAAGAUUCAGUGCCUUGCAUAGAGCUUUAAGAGUAGUCGAAUUUGAAGAUGGAUCUGUAAUUGUACGUCAAAAUGACCCUGGAGAUUCAUUUUUUAUCAUAAAAUCAGGAAAAGUCGAUGUCUUAAAAGAUGGGGUAGGAGUGAGAACAAUAACAAAACACGACUAUUUUGGAGAAAGAAGUGUACUGUUUGGAGACCAUAGGACAGCCACUGUUGUUGCCAAAGGAAAUGUGUCUUGCUGGAUUUUACAUCAGCAAGACUUUUUACAAGCUAUAGACGAAAAUAUUAGAACACAGCUGAUUAAGAGAAUUGAGCUGCAAGACGAUAAUAUAACACUAAAUGACCUUGCUAUUGUAAAAGUACUAGGAAAAGGGAUGUUUGGGAACGUAUUUUUGGUUGUCCACAAGCAGCAAAACCGCUUGUAUGCACUUAAAACUGUGGAUAGACGAAAAAUUGAACGCUAUGAAAUCCAAGAAAAUUUAAUUCUGGAGCGCGCUAUUUUAAACCAGCUCGACCACUCUUUGAUCGUGAAACUUGUGAGAAGCUUUAAAGAUCCUAAAAGAAUUUACUUUUUAAUGGAAUUUGUAAGAGGAAUGGACCUAUUCGACGUCCUCCGACAAAUGAACGAAGUUUCUGACCAAGAGUCAAAAUUUUUCAUAGGCUGUUUAAUAGUGAUUUUAGAGCAUUUGCAUGAGCGUGACAUCAUUUAUAGAGAUCUCAAGCCAGAAAAUGUAAUGGUAGAUGACGAAGGCUACCCUAAACUAAUUGAUUUUGGUAUAUCGAAAAUUGUCCAUGGAAGAACUUAUACCAUUGUAGGGACUCCUCAUUAUAUGGCUCCUGAAAUUAUCAUUGGAAAAGGAUACGGCCACUCAGCUGAUUUUUGGAGCGUAGGGAUUAUGCUGUAUGAGUUCUUAUGUGGAGGUGUACCAUUUGGAGAAGACUUAGACGACCCAUACGCCAUUUAUGAAAAGGUACUUGAACGUAAGCUAUCUUAUCCUUCAUUUUGUAGCAGGAAUAUGCCAGCUAAGCCAAUUAUAGAGCAGUUGUUAAGUAAACAGCCAGCGAUGAGAACUGGAGGAAGCAUUGAUAAUUUGAAGAACCAUCAGUGGUUCCAAGGAUUUAAUUGGGUAAAAAAAUAUAUAGGAAUAUCUUGUAGUAUACAUAAAAUGCUGGUGAUGAACGACCUGUCCUUGCCAUGGCGUGUGUCUUAUCUGGACUGGUUUUUUGUGCAAAGAACUGCCUAAGGGUUGGUUCACCUUGAAGUGAGAGCCCCAGUACUAUUUCCGCUGAUUAGUGGCCUGGCUUGAGCGGCAGUUUUGCAUCUUUUUGCCAGCAGUGGGUAUCCAUAGAGGCAGGGCGAACUUACCCACCUAAGCUGCUUUUAUGGCCUGUCCCGAAUCUGCGCAAACCCAUUGAGUUUUUUCUUCGGAGAUGAUCCGGGAGAAAAAGUGUUGGGCAAUUUUGGCACUUGGGUUGGAAAUAGAGAUUGGCAAAAGCUGGCUUUGACCAGGCCAGGAGAAAAUGCCUUUACCGAGAAGCUGGAGGUUUCGGUCAGGGCUCGAUCUGCCUUAAGGGAGCAUCUCUCAGGGGUUCGCCUGCAUAAUGCACGGCGCUUCAGGAAGUGGGGAUUAUAUAGGAACAUCUUUUGACAAGAGAAAUUAGGCCACCUUAUAUUCCAAGGGUAAAUGAUCUGUCUAGAGAUAUCCAAUCUGCUCUUAAACAAAAUAGGCCACUAGACGAUGUCAUAACUAGAGAAGAAAACUCAGAAGAAAUCCCACCAGGAAAAAGCAGACGUCCAAGACACUGUCCAGAAAAUUGGGAUCAGGACUUUUAA